AUGGGGAAUUCCGAGUCCAACUCUCGAAACGACCAAGUCCCGCCGGAGAAACCUGGAGAUUCGUCCAGUAAUUCUCGAGAUAUAAAAGGAAGUGGUGGUUGCAAAGAAUCAUACACGGGUUUAGAAGAUGGCGCUGAUGAAGCUGAGAAGAAGCAAGAAAAGUUAUUUUGGGCGCGACAGGAAUGUAUGGAGGCUCACUCUGAUUACUAUCAGCCGAUUCUCUCCGCGAGGGCAGCUUUUAGAAAAGCAGCGUGGAAGGAUCUCUUGCCGUCAACUGCAGGGCGAGAUAUAAGGGAAUGCAUGGUAGAGGCAAAGGUGAAAGAGGAAACAGCAAAGCACAUCGAGUUCAUGGAACGAGGUGCUUGCAGUGAAUCAUUCAGGGCUUGGAACGACUAG